GACCUGGAGCAUGCGCUGAGGCUGGAGGCAAGCGGUCGCGCGGGCGGAGGGGGACAGGUAGGAGGCGCCUGGCUUGCUCAAGGGAGGCUUCAUUGAGACCUUGUGCAGACCCCAGACUCCAAACGAGAACAUUGCAGUGGAGACUUCCAUACGCCAGCUGCUCCUUCGGUACUUCCUUGACCCCUACUGUGCAGCCCAGUUUCAGGCCGCCGUCCUUGGUUUUGCAGGAUUUCCAUGAUGUCCUCAUGAUCAAAACAAUUCUUAUGCACACAAGGUGAGGGGGAGUUGGCACCAACUGGUGUAGCCAAGUGGAACUGGUGGAAGCAAGUCAUGGAGGUGGUGUGAUGGACUUAGAUUGUAGGAGCAAUGUGGAUGGAAGAAAGAUUUUCUGCUUCGGAGGAAUAAGAGAGACUGUUCUAUACACAGAGCACAAUAGUCUAUUGUGAACUUGUGCCCUGUGCUUAUAGUUAUGAAUUUUGUACUUUCCCAGCCUGCUAGAAGGGGAGAAUUUGCAGACAGAUGCUGAAACCAAACAUUAGAUCUACCACAAUCACUUGAUUCGUUGAAACUUCAGCAUUAACGUCUUUGUUAAAUGUGUGGAGAAAGGUUUGAGUUCUGUCUGUGGAAGAACAUUUCAGAUGUCAGCGUGACCCGAGAAACCCAAGAUACACAUGCAUACUUUGGACGAGAGUAUUUCAACGCACUGGGAAAGCAUUAAUGUGUCACUGUUCACAACAGGGAGAAACUGUCUGCGUGUGCUCUGCGGGGCCGAUGCUUUAGCUGACUGUCUCGCCUAGAGAGACACAAGGCCACCCACACCAUGAAGAAACCAUGGAAAUGUGAGGACUGUGGGAAGGGCUUCAAAAUCCCAUCUGAGCUGGAGAUUCAUCGGCGCAGUCAUACUGGCGAGAGACCGUUCACCUGUGCUGUGUGUGGGAAGGGGUUCGCCCAGUUAGCUGUCUUGCUGAGACACCAGCGCAUUCAUACUGGUGUGAGACCGUUCACCUGCUCUGAGUGUGGCAAAGGAUUCACUCAGCAAACCCACCUUGCUUCGCACCAACGUGUCCACUCUGAUGCGAAGCCUUUUAAAUGCCUAACAUGUGGGAAGUGUUAUAAAAGUUCCCAGCAACUGAUGCGCCAUCAACCUGUUCACACUGAUGAGAGACCGUUCAAGUGCUCUGAGUGUGAAAUGGGAUUCACUCACUCGUCCCACCUGCUAAUACAUCAGCGGGUGCACACAGGCGAGAGACCCUUUAAAUGCUCAGACUGUGAGAAGUGCUAUAAAAGUUCUGGAGAACUGAUGUCCCAUCAACGUGUCCACACUGAUGAGAGGCCGUUCAGAUGCUCUCACUGUGGUUCAGGGUUCAGGCGAUCAUCUCACCUCACUAAACACCAACUAGUUCACACUGGGGAGAAACCUUUCAUCUGCUCAGAAUGUGGAAAGAGAUUCACUCAGUCGUCCAACCUGCAGAGCCACCAACGUGUUCACUCCGAUCUGAGAUCUUUUAAAUGCUCUGACUGUGAGGAGAGCUUUAAAAGCAGCAGUGACCUGCUUAAACACCAGCAAAUUCACACUGGAUAGAUGCCAAUUGCCUGCUGCCAUGUGUUGGGCAGGGAUUUACUCGUUUGUGUACGCUGCAGACCCACCAGCAAGUUCACAGGUGACUGCGAGGGACUGGAAACUGCUGUUUUGCUGCUGUUAGUAGAGUUUGUUUAAGUGUGAAUGACCUCUUAUAAGUGGACUGGAGUUUAAUGCUCCGUAUCGAGGUGAAACAGAUCAGCUGAGCCAGCGAACUUAAACAAAAAAGCAAAGCCUUUGAGCCUUUGAUUUACACAGUCAUUUAUACAGCUUGAAAACAGACCUUUCAGCCCAAACCAUGUUGCCAAACUACUCCCAGCUGCCUGCGUUGGACCCAUAUCACUCCAAAGCUUUCUUAAACAUGUAUAUAUUCUCCCAAAUAAGAGACUGUUGAAGUCCUCUUUUCCUUUUGCAACCUUUUCUCCUUUUUAGUAUGCUUUCGUUUAUUGCUCAGAGUAUUGAGUACAGGAGUUGGGAGGUCAUGUUGCGGCUGUACAGGACAUUGGUUAAGCCACUGUUGGAAUAUUGUUUGCAAUUCUGGUCUCCUUCCCAUUGGAAAGAUGUUGUGAAACUUGAAAGGGUUCAGAAAAGGUUUACAAGGAUGUUGCCAGGGUUGGAGGAUUUGAGCUAUAGGGAGAGGCUGAACAGGUUGGGGCUGUUUUCCCUGGACCGUUGAAGGCUGAGGGGUGACCUUAUAGAGGGUUACAAAAUUAUGAGGGGCAUGGAUAGGGUAAAUAGACAAAGUCUUUUCCCUGGGGUGGGGGAGUCCAGAAAUAGAGGGCAUAGGUUUAGAGUGAGAGGGGAAAGAUGUAAGAGACCUACGGGGCAACUAUUUCACACAGAGGGUGGUACGUGUAUGGAAUGAGCUGCCAGAGGAUAUGGUGGAGGCUGGUAUAAUUGCAACAUUUAAAAGGCGUUUGGAUGGGUAUAUGAAUAGGAAGGGUUUGGAGGGAUAUGGGCCGGGUGCUGGCAAGUGGGACUAGAUUGGGUUGGGAUAUCUGGUCGGCAUGGACGGGUUGGACCGAAGGGUCUGUUUCCAUGCUGUACAUCUCUAUGACUCUAGUGAUGGCAAUCUUGUAUUUAUAUAUCACCUUUCACAACUUGACAAUGUCCCGAGGUGCUCCAUAGCCAAUGAGAUUCUUUUGAAAUGCAGUGACUGUUUGUAAUAUUGGAUAAUAUACUGGCCAUUAUUGUGUACAGCAAGUUACCCCAAAUCAAAAUGGGAUUUUGAUCUGAUUCUCUCUCUAUCUCUCUCUCCUGAUGUUUGUCGAGGAGUUUAUAUUGAGCAGCUCACCAGAGAGAAUGCCCUGCUCGUCAGAAUUCCGUGCACACUUCGAAAGCCGUCUGAGAGGGCAGAUGGGGACGUAGGUUGAAAGUUUUCUCUGAAAUAUGGGACCUUUGACAGUUCAGUCCUCUCUCAGUUCUGAAUCAGAAUCUCAACCAGGAUGUUAUGCUCUGGUUUCUGGAUGUAGACUUGAACCCACAACCUCCUGUCUCAGAUGAAAACGCAGCCACUGAGUCAGAAGCAACAUCUCAUCGUUACUUGCGAUUUAUUUCCGUCACUCAAUGUGGGCAAGUUUGAAAUUUUAGUCCAGGAGUCACAGCUCCGAAAAGGAGGUCACAUCAAAAAUGAUUUGAAAGUAUUUAAUCACAAAGGUGGCAUUUUCAAUACAAUACAAUAGCUGAGUUGCCAGAUAAGAUAUACUACCUGCAGUGUUUAAGAGUGGUUUAUUGAUUCUGCAUUGGACAAAUGAAUUGGGGUGAGGUUCCCUGUGACUGACACCUUGAGAGAAUUUACUGCUCUGGUAUCCGGCAGAUACGAUACCUGUGGUUAGAGGUGACAGCUCCCUCGGAAUGGGCUGGAUCGUGGAGUUGCUGAUCACUAGGGUUUGGAAGUGUCCCAUAACAAACAGCCCAAAGCCACUCGGAUGAUCAGAAUAAGUAAUACAGACCCAGCAACUGCCUCCAAGUACAUUUUCCAAUGAAACGUGAUACCGAUUAAUUUUGACUCAUCAUUCCCACUUGCAGAUCCUCUCCCUCAGUUUUAAGUCAUUGUCACAUCAUCGAGACACACAGAAGUUAAUCUAAGGACAUUCAAGUUUUUUCAGCUCUCUGUUCACCUGCAUCCACCUUGUGGAUAUUCUCUGAAACCAGAUUCUACACCUCGCUGUCUUAAUGUUACUUUCGGCGAUUGUGUGGAAUUCUAUCCCAACGCUCCUAAUGUCAGUCUCCCGAGUGAAGUACGUGUGGACAACUUGAUUUAUAAAAUCUCGUUCUGCUACUGAAACGAUCUACUCUGUUUUCGAGGAGCUGAUCCUGUCUCAGCCCUGUCUGUCAGUCUGGGUUCAGCACGCAGUUCCAUGUGUUAAUUGCACCCCAGAACCACAGCUCAGUCAUGUUUAACCCAGUGGGACAUCUUUAUACUUAUGCCAGUGAGAACGUCGGUGUCUAAUAAUUUCGGGGAGGUGUUUUGGGGAGGGUAGAAUCAAGUGCCCCCUCAAUCCCAUCUUAGAGAACGCCAUGGAUUUCUGUUUCGACAGUCAGCUUGACCGUUCCUUUACAUCCGCUAAUGCAGUGUUUGUUUGCACAGCAUCUCCUUGUCUUGUACACAAAUGACUGUCACUUUAAAUUUAAGCACAUCAUUCUGGCUGUCCUUUCUAAUUUUCACUUUGUAAUUAGAGAUGUUCAUCAGUGGAACCUUUUGCACACUGAAGUUUACAGUUUACACCAAGGGUAAAUUUACGAUUGAAAUAAACGUCCACAGCUUAAUUGUGAAUUAUUUCCGGGUGAGAGUUCUUCAUCAAGGGUAAAGUUCUUAAGAUAGCAAUUUAAACAAAAUAGGACUGUUGCAACGACGUUGGUGCUGUGCUGGUUUUUGCAAACUAAAUGAAAAUCAAAGCUACCUGUCACUACCCAUGUUAACUGCAUCUCUGACAUGAGCCUGAGUAUUACCGUGAGGUGUCGAAAGUGUGGUGCUGGAAAAGCACAGCCGGUCAGGCAGCAGCCAAGGAGCAGGAGAGUCAACGUUUUGGGCAUAAGCCCUUCAUUAGGAAUACGCUUAUGCCCGAAACGUCGAGUCUCCUGCUCCUUGGAUGCUGCCUGACCGGCUGUGCGUUUCCAGCAGCCCACUCCUGCCCCUGAUCUCCAGCGUCUGCAGUCCCCACUGCCUCCCUAUUCCAGUUUGGUGUUUUGUAUACAACUACAUUCAAUGUUUACCUCUCCUUUUUUUUCUCUUAGAUCCAACCAAACUGGUUCUACGUCUUGAGGUUUAGAAUAAGAUCCUCUUUCACUAAUGUAUUUGCAUCACCCCUUAUCAGGAGUGAUGCCACAUUUUUUGUUUUAACGUUGUGGUCAAACCCAGUUAAAUGUAGAACAUCCUUGACUAUUUUUGUUAUCAUGUAUCCACAUUUCUCAUGGCAAUGAAAUCGUGUCCCUUGCCUCAGUUUUUGCACUGAUAUUUUUGCAAAUGUUACCUCCAUUCAGAUAGAGUGCCUUUAGUUCAGUCUAUUUAACAUUUAUUUCCCAUUUUGUUCCUUUUUUGAUGCCUUUGUCUGUUUAGGGAAUUUGCAUCCUAGACUUUUACACCCUUUUCCAUGUUUUCUUUCCCUUGAAUCAUAACUCCCUCUUAGCAUUCCACGUAUAUGCCAAGCCGGAUGGAGCCCUCCCCUGACGAAGGGCUCGGCCCGAAACACCAGGUUUUUUUUUUCCCUGCUCCUCGGAUGCUGCCUGACCCGCUGCGCUUUUCCAGCAACACACACUCAACUCUUGAUCUCCCGUGUCUGCAGACCUCGAUGCUCCCUCCCCAACAGCGCUAGCAAAUCUCCCUGAGAAGGCGGUAACCCCCCAGUCCUCCUAAGUUGCAAAGUGCCUAUCCUGAACAGGCCUCACCUCCCCAGAAUAAGUUUCGAUGCCUCAGAAAUCCCGCGCCCUCUCUCUCUCUGACAUCAGCACUGUGCUCACCAACACACGGGACUGGGAGUAAUCUUAAAAUAACCGCUGUGAAUGUCCUGUGUUUCAAUUGCUCUGAGCUCCCACUAAUCUCCUUUCAGGACCUCACCCUCCUUACUGCCAAAAUCACUGGUACCAAAUUGAACCAUGAAC